CCGCCGAGCUCCACUGCACCUUCCGCUACCUGAGCGCCGCCCCUCCGCGCAUCCCUCCGGACGUGCAGCGCAUCAACCUGGGCUACAACAGCCUGAGGAAACUCAGCCCCACGGACUUUGCUGGCCUGGAGAAACUGGAGAUACUGAUGCUGCACAGCAAUGAGAUCAGCACCAUCCCUGGGAAGGUGUUCAGUGAUUUACAUUCACUGCAGGUGUUAAAAAUGAGUUACAACAAGGUGAGAGUGCUUCAGCAGGAUGUAUUUUAUGGCCUGAGCAGCUUGGUACGGCUGCAUAUGGACCACAAUCACAUUGAAUUUGUGAAUCCCAAUGUUUUCUAUGGACUCACUUCCUUGAGGCUGGUCCACCUGGAUGGAAAUUUGAUUCAGCAGCUGCAUCCAGACACUUUUGUCACCUUGCGCUACAACCAAAUAUUCAGAAUAUCCUUCCUGAAGCACAUCUCUCUGUCUGACAAUGUGCUGACCUCACUUCCACGAGAAAUGUUUUCCUACAUGUCAGAGCUCGAGAGCAUUUACCUGCAUGGAAACCCCUGGUCCUGUGACUGCAGCCUGCAGGGGUUUGCAGAGUGGGCACAGGACAGACCAGAUGUUAUAAAGUGCAGGAAAGAGAGAAGUUCUGGUGUUCAGCAAUGCCCAGUCUGUGCUGGUCCCAAAAAUCACAAUGGGAAAAGUUUAGGGGAUCUUCCUUCUGCUUCUUUCACCUGCACUAAGCCAGUCAUCCAUGACUCCCUGAAAUCCAGGAACCUCACGGUGCCAGAUGAUGGAGAUUUCAGUUCUGUGUCUCCCAAGGACUUGAUAGCCCCGAUAGGAUCUGUGGUUUUGAAUCUGACUGACCAAGCAGGAAAUCGAGGCGACUUGGUUUGCGAUGUCCAGAAACCAAAAGAAACGUCACCCAUCUCAUUUGACAAAAACGGCCACAGCACAGUGCUCAAAACCUCGUUCUCAGCAUCCCUGGUGUGUGCUAUCGAUUAUGGACACAUCCAGCAGCUCUGGAGCAUCCUGGCACUGUACAGCAACUCUCCUUUGGAGCUGGAGCAAACCGUGCAGGCAACCCACGUGCCUUUUAUUAGCUACGAGUAUAAGCAGGUGUACAGUGAGAAGGAUGAAGUUUUCACCGAUAUCCGGGCGGUGCUGCGGGCCGAGCCAGCCUGGCUGAUGCAGAGGCGAGUGGCCCUGCAGCUGGACAGGGUGGCCACCACUCUCAGCACGCUGCACGUCCAGCUCUCCAGCCGCGCCCAGCUCAGCCUGCCCAGCCACGGCAAAGGCCAGGGCGGCCAGAGCUGGGCCAUCAUUCCCAGGGACAACAGCACGCAGACGGAGCACGCUGUGCUGGUCGGGGGCACGGUGGAGCUGGGCUGCCAGGCAGCCGGGGAGCCAGCCCCCGCCCUGGAGUGGCUGCUGGCCGACGGCAGCAGAGUGCGAGCCCCUCACAUCAGCGAGGACGGCAGGAUCGUGGUGCUGAGCAGCGGCGUGCUGACCCUGAGGACAGCGGAUGUGUUCGACACGGGGCUCUACCACUGCAUCAGCACCAACCAGCGCGACGCCGACGUGCUCACCUUCCGAAUCACGGUGCUGGAGCCGCUGGUGGAGCACGGCGGGGUCAACGGAGCCCGGCUGUCACCUGCUCUGGGCAGCACGCUCCACCUUCCCUGCGCCUCCGCGGCUGCUCCAGACGCUGCUGUCAGCUGGGUGUUACCUGAGCACACAGUUCUUCGCCGGUCUGCAGGAAACAAACGUGUUUUCGCCAAUGGCACCUUGGAAAUCCAAGGGGUGACGGAGAGAGACGCGGGCUACUUCCGAUGUGUGGCGGCCAACAGGUACGGGGUUGAUCUGCUGGUUUUCCAAGUGCUCGUGAGACAGGAUGAAACUGCUCUGAAGAAACAGCAUGGAGCUCUGGGAGAGUGGGAAGAAGGCUCUGCCACCCCGGCAGCUCCUGCGGGAUCUGCAGCAGCACAGAGACAUCCCUCAGCCACCCCGGCAGCUCCUGGGGGAUCUGCAGCAGCAGCAGCCAGCAGCCAGGGCACAGGGAGUGCACGCCGGAGGAACAGCCACGGGAAAAUGCCCCACUGGCCCCACGGAGACAGAGCAGGCAGGAGGUUCAGGGGACACAGGAGACAGUUUGUUUCCUCAGGCAGGAGAGUUGAUCCACAGCGCUGGGCAGCCCUGCUGGAGAAAACCAAGAGGAACCUGACAGGGACAGACAAACGAGGAGAAGUUGCAGCAGAACUUCCCAUUCAAGUCCACAAGCUCUCAGAGGUACCCGAGGAUGAGGAGGAGACAUCUGGUGAUCUCAUAUCUCCAGAAGAAGAAUUCAUACCAGCAACAGAGAGAUCCCCAGUAUCUGCUCCGGGGAGAGCAACAGAGCCCAUGAUCACUGCAGGGCCCGAGGAGACUGUGAGUGCCACUCCUGCCUGGAACAGCUCCCUCCUGCUCACAGAGCCAUCAGCUCCCCUACCCUCACCUCCUCCACACCCCGCAGCACCUGCCAGAAAAAGGCCACAAACAUUUCCAAAACCUACAGACUCAUGGGAAAGAUCUGAUUUGAGUCAAAUAUCAGCAAAUGGCAUAAAACAAUCAACUGUACCAAGUGGAACAUCCACACUCUUCCCUGCUGGGCAAAACUCAAUAUAUUCUGGGGAAAGUAAUAACCAGCACUUAAGGUCUGCAUCCACAACACCCAUGACAGAAGCUGCAGGCACCAGCAAGGCUGUAACUCCCCAAAACACAGCAGACAAGUUACAUAUUUUUACUGAGUCUAUUGACAAUGUUCCCACCAUAACAGAUCACCAGGUCCCUGUGGAGACAGUCAAUGCACCAAGCUCUGAAAUUGGCCCCAUUUAUUUUCACAGUACUCAGAAAGGAGGAACCCCAUACCCACCACUGGCCCCGACUUUGGCAGCUCAUCAGCAAAUUCAGCUUAUCCAGGACGUUCCAACUCAGCCACCCCAGCUCCAGCAGCACCACGGGAGACGAAGGAAAAUUUCUGGUCGGAGACGAAUUGUUAGACCAGGACGUACCCCAGGGGUGAAAGAGCAUCGAUACCAUUUUGGGAGGCCAGGGUCUGCCAGAGGAGGUACAGCUGUGGCUGCAGGUGUUCAGCUGAAUGUGAACUCUGUAUCAAAUGUACCAACCUCAAAUAACUUGAGCAUUUCCGUGAAUCCAUUUAGCCCAGAAGCGCCCCAGUCUUCCCCCUCCACCGUGGAUAUGGCAUUGGAGCACCCUGUGGGUACCCAUCAAAACACAGCAUUCCUCAGGGAAGAGGAAAAGAAACAAAGUGCAAUGCAAAAAUCUGCUACCACAGUCACAUCUGUCCCUGCAAAGGACACUGCCACUACUGCAGCCAGUGCAUUGGGUGCAAUGGGCUUGAAGCCAACAGUUCCACUUGUGGCUGCUCCUCAAACCGACACCAGAGUAACCAAAACUGAAAUACUCAGAGUGGGAAGAAGGAGAGGUCAGAGGAGGAAGAGGCCUCCUAAAAAAGCUGCCCCACAGCCCCCCACCACAGCCACCCCCAGAGCCUCCUCGCCCCCACGGGGGGGUGGCCAGCGCCAGCCCCAGCCCAGGCCACCUCCCCAGGGCACAGAGAGGGGGAACACUCUGCACUCACCACAAAUCACAGCUCCCCGGGGAAGGGACAAGGACGGGUCUGAAAGGAGACAAGAUCAAGGCACCACCGCCAUCCCCAAGCCCCUCACCUCAGCCUCUGCAAGCAGAAACCAUUUCUCAAAGCCCAGAAUAGUCGGAGGCAAAUCGGCUGCUUACACUCUGCUGGCGAAUUCUGAUGCUUUUAUUCCUUGUGAAGCUACUGGGAACCCUCCUCCAACAAUACAGUGGACCAAGAUACCAUCAGGUGUCCCCAGGUGGGCCGUGCUGGCCAACGGGACUCUGUCCAUCGCCCGGGCGGGGCCGCAGGACGCGGGUCAGUACCUGUGCACGGCGGCCAACGCGCUGGGCACGGCCCGGCUGCUGGUCACGCUGGCCGUGCUGGCCUCGCCGCCGCGCAUCGCCCGCGGCCACCAGCGCCUGCUGACCGCGCACUCCGGGACCAGCGUGGCACUGGCCUGCAGAGCCCAGGGCUGGCCCCCUCCCGGCAUCUCCUGGCUGCUGGCAAACAGCACCCACCUGUCGCACUCCUCGUCCUCCUCUGCGAGUGACAGAGCCCGCGUGGAGCCGGACGGCACUCUGGUCAUCCGGGCGGUCACCGUGUACGACCGGGGCCUCUACACGUGCCUGGCCAGCAGCCCUGCGGGCUCCGACACGCUGGCCGUGAGGCUGCAGGUGGUCGCGGCCCCUCCCAGCAUCCUGGAGGAGAAGAGACAAAGCGUGGCGGCCGCGGUGGGGCAGAGCCUGAGGCUGCCCUGCACCGCGCGAGGGAACCCCGAGCCCACGGUGCACUGGGUGCUCCCCGACGGCACGGCCCUGAGACCCGGCGAAGGUGCGCAGCCGCUGCCGCCCCGGCUGUGGGUGCUCCCCGAUGGCACCCUGCACCUGGGCACCACGGCCCCCUCCGACAGCGGCACCUACGAGUGCAUCGCCACCAGCUCCACGGGCUCCGACAGGAGGGUGGUCAGCCUCGAGCUGCAGCGCACCGAGACACUCCCGAAAAUAGCCAGCGCCUCUCAGCAUCUGACCCGGCUGAGCUUUGGGGACAGGCUGCUUCUGAACUGUACGGCAAGUGGGGAGCCCAAGCCCAGGAUAAUUUGGAGGUUGCCCUCCAAGGCUGUUGUGGACCAGUGGCACAGAAUGGGAAGUCGGAUCCAUGUGUACCCCAAUGGAUCCUUGGCUAUUGAGGCAGUUACAGAAAAGGAUGCAGGUGAUUAUCUGUGCGUGGCCAGAAACAGGAUUGGGGAUGAUCUGAUACUGAUGAAAGUCGGCAUCACAAUGAAACCAGCCAAGAUUGACCACAAACAGCAGUUCAAGAAACUGGUGCCAUAUGGGAAGGAUUUCAGAGUGGACUGCAAGGCCUCAGGGUCUCCCACACCAGAGAUCUCGUGGGGCCUGCCGGACGGGACCGUGGUGAACAAUGCCAUGCUGGCUGAUGACAGCGGGCACAGGGCUCGCAGGUUCGUCCUCUUCGACAACGGCACCCUGUACCUCAACAAAGCCGGAGUGGCAGAGGGAGGGGAUUACACUUGCUACGCCCAAAACACUCUGGGGAGGGACGAGAUGAAGAUCCACGUCACGGUCGUUGUGGCAGCCCCUCAAAUAAAGCAGAAUUACAAGACACACGUUACAGUGACGGCUGGAGACACGGCCCUGCUGGACUGCGAGGCUGCUGGAGAGCCCAGGGCACAGAUAUUCUGGUUGCUGCCUUCCAGUGAGAUGAUCUCCUCGUCCACGGACAGGCACUCCCUGCACGCCAAUGGCUCGCUGUCCAUCAGCCAGGCUGGCCUGCUGGAUGCUGGCCAGUACCUGUGUGUGGCCCGGAACCCUGGCGGGGACGACACCAAGCUGUACAAGCUGGAUGUGGCUGCUAAACCGCCCAUCAUAAAUGGUGUGUACAGGAACAAAACCAUCAUGAAGGUGACGGCAGUGAGGCACUCCAAGAAACACAUCGACUGCAGGGCAGAAGGGACUCCUCCUCCUCAGAUUAUGUGGAUCAUGCCUGAUAACAUUUUCCUGACGGCCCCGUAUUACGGGAGCAGGAUUGUGGUGCACAAGAACGGGACACUUGAGAUCCGCAACAUCCGGCCCUCAGACACAGCGGAUUUUAUCUGCGUGGCACGAAAUGACGGGGGCGAGACUGUGCUGGUGGUGCAGCUGGAGGUCACAGAAAUGCUACGGAGACCGAUGUUCAGAAACCCUUUCAACGAGAAAAUAAUAGCAAAACCUGGGAGAGCUAUCACACUGAACUGUUCUGUGGAUGGAAACCCUCCCCCGGAUAUCAGCUGGAUGCUGCCCAACGGCACGUGGUUUUCCAUCGGGACAUCCCAGUUUGUCACAGGGAGCAGUGGCACCCUGACCAUCCCUAACCCCGAGGGACGCCACGCCGGGCGCUACCGCUGCGCUGCCCGCAACCAGGUGGGCUACAUAGAAAAGAUGAUGGUGCUGGAGGUCGCCCAGAAGCCCAACAUCCUCACCCGCCCUGCGGGGCUGGUGAAGGGGGUCAGUGGGGAGCCCUUGUCCCUUCACUGCCUGGCCGAGGGGAGCCCCAAGCCCCGGGUGGAGUGGGCACUGCCCGGCGGGCAGGUGCUGGAGGGGCCGCGGGCCAGCGGGAGGUUCCUGCUGCUGGAGAACGGGACCCUGCUCAUCCGGGCGGCCUCGGCCCAGGAUUCGGGCAAGUACCUGUGCAGGGCCAGCAACGCCGCUGGGGACUCCUCGCUCAGCAUCCCCGUCGUGGUGACAGCCUACGCCCCCCGGAUCGUGGGCAGACCCCCGCCGGCCAUCCACACCCUGCCAGGGGCGGCAGUUCAGCUCCACUGCGUCGCGCUGGGCAUCCCCAAACCAGAAAUCACCUGGCACUUACCUGACGGCUCCACGCUCUCCACAGCCCAGCAGGGCCGGGGGUCUGGGGGCGAGCUGCUGCACCCCACGGGCACCCUGCUCCUGCAGAGCCCCCGGGGCUCCAGCUCUGGGCUCUACAGGUGCACAGCCAGGAACGCCCUGGGCACCGACACCGCCCUGGCACACCUGCACGUCCUGUGA